CGGUCACAACCAGGCUGCUCACUGACAGGCGGGGUUGAGAAAGAGCCGCUGAGGGCCACCCGGCGGCAGCACCUCACGACGGACAAGGGCGCCGCCGCCUGAGGGCUCGCCCUCCGUGGGCGGGAAGGCGGAGAGGGCUCCUCCUCCUCCUGCCCUCGUUAGCGGGCUGCCAGGGAACUGGGGAGUACGGAGGGGAUGAGCCCCGCUGCGGCCGGGCACCGGCAGCCCGCGAGCCAUGGCCUGGGGGAACGGCUCGGCCGCCACCAGCCGCCUGGAGCCCCCCGCGGCGCAGCAGGAGGCGCCGGGCGCGCGGCCCCCCUUCAGCGCCGGCACCUACGAGCUGCUGGCGCUGCUCAUCGCCACCAUCGGCGUGCUGGGCUUGUGCAACAACUUGCUGGUGCUGGUGCUCUACUACAAGUUCAAGCGGCUCCGCACGCCCACCAACCUCUUCCUCGUCAACAUCAGCCUCAGCGACCUGCUGGUGUCCGUCUUCGGCGUGAGCCUCACCUUCAUGUCCUGCCUGAGGAGCCGCUGGGUCUGGGACGCCGCCGGCUGCGUCUGGGACGGCUUCAGCAACAGCCUCUUCGGAAUUGUUUCAAUUAUGACUCUCACUGUUCUCGCCUAUGAACGCUACAUUAGAGUGGUCCAUGCAAAAGUGAUUGACUUCUCCUGGUCUUGGCGAGCUAUCACAUAUAUCUGGCUCUAUUCAUUGGCCUGGACUGGAGCACCUCUUUUGGGCUGGAACAGAUACACAUUGGAAAUUCAUGGAUUAGGUUGCUCAGUGGACUGGAAGUCAAAAGACCCCAAUGACACCUCCUUUGUGCUCUUUUUUUUCCUUGGCUGUCUGGUUGUACCUGUUGUGAUCAUGGCCUAUUGCUAUGGACAUAUUCUAUAUGCAGUAAGAAUGCUUCGCUGUGUGGAAGACUUUCAGACUGUUCAAGUGAUCAGACUUCUAAAAUACGAAAAGAAGGUGGCUAAGAUGUGUUUCUUAAUGAUCUCUACCUUCCUUAUUUGUUGGAUGCCCUAUGCAGUGGUCUCCCUUCUAGUAACAUAUGGCUAUGGCAACCUUGUAACUCCAACAGUAGCUAUCAUCCCAUCUUUCUUUGCCAAGUCAAGCACUGCUUAUAAUCCAGUCAUCUAUAUUUUCAUGAGUAGAAAGUUUCGACAAUGCCUUUUGCAACUCCUGUGCUUUCGCCUGAUGAGAUUCCAGAGGACUGUGAAAGAGACCCCAGGAGAAGGGAAUGACAAACCAAUACGACCAAUAGUAAUGUCUCAAAAAGGAGGGGACAGGCCAAAGAAGAAAGUGACAUUUAGCUCUUCCUCUAUCAUUUUUAUUAUCACCAGUGAUGACACUCAGCAAAUAGAUGAUAACAGUAAACACAAUGGAACAAAAGUAAAUGUCAUCCAAGUAAAGCCCCUAUAGGGAUGAGCUGAAGAGUCACUGGAAACUAAUGGACUAUUUCGGCUGGAGACUGGUUUCAGUGCCAGUGCCAGUGGGCUGCCAAGGAAACCAUACUAAGCUGUGAAAUACUGAGGUAAUUCUGCAUCUGAAGCUCUGCAGACAGUUUGGUUUUGGUCACAAUGCAGACAGCUCUGCAUCUGUGCCAAGCUUGUUGAUGGAUGUUUUUACUCAGAAAUUUCUUAAAGAGUAUCAUAUCGUUUAACAGGUUUUACUCUACCUAGUGGCCAGUAACAAGUAGAGUCCUGCAGGAGUAUCUUGGGACUCACCCAUCUUUAUCAAUGACCUGGAGGAAGUGACAAGUACACUCUUGUUGAUCUUGAAGAUAACCCCAAUCUGGGCAGGAGUAGUCUGUAGGCUCAAGGACAGGACUGCCAUUCUGAAGAACUUCAUCUGUCUGGAGGAAUGGGCUGACAAAAGUGUUACAAAAUUCAGCAAGAUUAAGUGCAAAGUCCUACACUUGAGGAGGAAGAACCACAUGCAGUACAACAGGCCAGGCCCUGGCUGCCUGGGAUGCAGCUCUGUGGAAAAUGGCUGGUAGGCGGGCUGAAGUGAUUAUGCCUCUCAACUCAGCACUCAUUGGACCAUGUCUAGAUACUGCAUCCAGUUUUUGAACCCCUGAUAUAAGAAAGGCUUCUAAACUGGAGUAAACUGGAGUACACUCAGUGGGGUACAUCAAGAUUGUCAGGGUUUGGAGCACUUGGCCUGUGGGAGACUGGUGGAUCUGUAUUUGAUCAGGCUGGAGAACAGAAAUCUUCAGGGGACCCUAAUAGCAACCUUCCAAUAGCAAUGAAGAGGUUUUCUAGAAGAUGGAAUCAUGAUGUUCAGGGUGAUACAUGCUGAAAGGAUGAGAGAUGAGCGUCAACUGAAAUAAGAGAUUCAAACUGGAUAUAAGGAAAUUUUUUUAAAAUCUGUAGACAGCCGAGCAAUGGAAAAGAUUAGACUAGAGACUUCCUGAGACUCCUGCAGCCUGAGUUAUCCUAUAAUUCCCCAAAAUGCCAGCACUCCCACUGCACAGAGUUCUUAAGAAAGAGGGAUUUUGGAGGUUGGUUGGGGUUAGUUUGUCUGACUUGGUGGUUUGCAGAGAAGAAAAAAAAAGUGGUAUCCACAAUGACUGCAGCUGUGGUUAAACCGACAGCCACCAGAAGGCUGCUCAUGAGUACUCAGCAAGCCAUUCUCUCCAUGCUAUCUGGUGGGACUACUGAGCUAUGUGGUGAGAAAAAUCAUACAGAUCAAAGCACCAGGCAGUGAUAAAGGAGAAUGUUUGUUUGUUUGUGUUUUGUUAAAAUAUGUACUUUAUGCAUCUUUAUCCUGCAUACAAGUUAUUCCGUACAUGGAGCAGGAUCCUCAGCCUAUAUUAAUGCUUAACCUGCUCUGGCACUUUGGUUAAAGUAACAGUUAAAGAAGAGCAGGGGAACCUCUGCCUAAGUUGCAGUGGGAGUAAUGACUGCCCUACUUAGAGCUCAGCAAACAGAACAGAUACAGAUUUUUUUUCUCACCUUUGUAAAUGUUGCUGGUACCAAAUGAUGACAGGAUUCUGUUCUGGACAUGGCUGCCUGUCACAUUGGAUAAAGAAGUUAGAUAAAUAGUUUUCUAGUAAGGGGGCUGAUUCUCUACCACACCCAUUACAUUGGUAAGCACUUGGUAAAAGCUGUGUGAAAAAAACAUUAAGAAAUUACUUGAUUCAUCUGGGGGUAAAUCUUUGAGAGGCACAUGGACAACAUGCAGAAUGACUACCAGCACCAUCAAAUAUUGAUCUCAUGGUAAAGAACAAAACUUUAAAUAAAAAAAAAUCAGACCACAAAUGCAGAAGCUGUCAGCUAGUUUCUGGGAGCAGUGACCUCAACUUGAAACAAGUGACAGACAUGUUUGUGCCAGUGCCUUUGAAGAGACAAAUUCCUUAUUCAUGUACCUUACUAGAGUAUUAGAACUGGUAAUCUGGCUCCAAAAGUACAUCUAGAGUCCACCCUAUUUUCUGGAUUAAAUCAUAAUCCAAGAGAAAACAGAUGAUAUAUACUUGUCUUUGUUUUUGUUAUUUUUGUUUUCAUGUUCUUUUUGUUUUGCUAUAAAUGCAUAGAUAAAUUGUCUUAUGAUGUCAAAGGUCUGCCCUUACAAAAGCAUGUUUGUUUCAAUGUUAAAAAUUUCAUUUUCAGCUAAUGAUCACUACAUCUAUGCACUUUUAUAUUUACAGAAGGAGAAAAAUGUACAUUAGUUGCAUAAAAUGAUUCCAUCCUUUUAAUAAAACGUUUGAUAUUUUAGUGUUUUCUGUAUGUUGAGCCUUCAGUAAGUGAUUAAAUUUAUUUUAUUUGUA